AUGAACUAUAAAGAUUCACACAUAUGUGUUUUGGUAAAAUAUAUAUCAUUUGGUUGUUCCAAUUUUUGUACAAAUAAAAUCGAAGAAAAUUUUUGUGAUGAUGAUGAGGUAAAUGAAAUACAAAAAGAUGAUAAUGAUAUAUAUACAUGGAAAUUGAAAAAUCUUAUUGGAAAUGUAUUUAUAGGUAAAGUGCUAUAUGUCGGAAAUAAUUUUAAUAAUAUAUUAAAAGGAAAGGAUGUCAUUGGAAUAUUUACAUUAAAUAGUAAAAUUCAUAAGGACAAUAUAUUAGUACCAUAUCAUGAUGUUAUUGAAUAUACAAAUAUAAAAAUGAAGAAUGAUGAAUUCCUAUGUGCUACCUUUCGACUAUUUUAUGAAUCAUAUAUAUGUUUAAGUGUUAUAAAAAAUGUGAUAAAAGAAAAUUAUAUAGCUAUUUUUACACAUGAUAUUAUACAAAUACUUCCAUUUUUAAAAUUGCUUAUAAUUCAAAAAUAUUCCAUAUUAAUAUUUUUAUCAAAAGAUAAUUUUAAUCAAAGUAUUAUUCAAAAGAAAUUAGAAGAAUUUCAUAUUACUAAGGAAUCUAUAGAGAAACAAAUUUCGCUCUUUUCAAUAGAUAUGAAUAUUUCUGAACAUGUUCAUAAUAUAACUAAUAAGUUGGGAAUUAAAACUAUUCUUAUUUAUCCUAAUAUAAAUAUUGAUAUUAAUAUUCUAAAAAAAUAUGUAUUCACAAUAAGUGCUUUAAAUGCUAAUAUAAUAUUUACCUAUCAAGUAGAUUAUUUAAAUCCGCAGGAAUGUAAAUUAUUAUAUAACAAAGGAAUAACAAUACAUUUUUUCAAUAUUACAAAUUAUGUCCAUUAUGAUUAUUUUAAAAGAGUUGAUGCAUUUAAUUACACAUUACUAUCCAUAUUAAAUAAAGAUAUAGAUAUUCCACAAGUAUCUAUAAACAGAAAAUAUUUUACUAAUAUGGACGAAAUUUUAUCAAGCACUUUUGCAUCCAUAGAAACAUACGAUGUAUAUGUUAAUAAAAAUUUGGAUGAUGAAAAAGAUCAUUCUUAA